AUAAUAUUCUGUGCUUUAAUUUCUCUUAGUAGAGCUCUGUCUAUAUCUCCAUAUCUAAUAAAUAUGGCUACAAGUGGAGUAGUGAGUGUUGAUUGGUCAAGUAAUAACAGAGUUGUGAAAUCCAAAUAUGAGUUUGCGGUGAAACCGAGUGAUGAAGAAGUAGUAGUGGACUCUGAUGACUCUGAGUAUUCAAUCCCCACCAUUGAUAUCUCCCUUCUCACCUCUCCUGACCUUCAUCAACGCUCCAAAAUCCUCCAUGACCUCCACAAGGCAUGUCAGGAAUGGGGUUUCUUCCAGUUGAUCAAUCAUGGUAUUUCGGAGACUGUAAUGAAGAAAAUGAUGGAAGCGUGUGAGGGUUUUUUCAACAUGAGCGAAGAGGAGAAGAAAGAGUUCCAAGGGUCUAGAGAUGUGUUGGACCCUAUCAAUUGGGGAACUAAUUUCAAUUGCAAUACAGUUGGUAAGAAAUUCCUUAUUUGGAGGCAAUUUUUGAAGCUCUAUGUUCAUCCUCAAUUCAACUCCCCCUACAAACCACUUGGUUUCAGUGAGGUGGCAGAAGAAUAUUGUAAAAGAACAAGAGAAAUAUGUGGAGUGUUAAUGAGAGCAAUGUCUGAGACAUUAGGGUUGGAACCAAAUUGCUUAGAGAAGGCAACGAAUUGGGAUGAAGGAUGUGAUGUGUUGGCUUCAAACUAUUAUCCAACUUGUCCAGACCCUGACCAGGUUCUUGGACUCCCACCUCACACUGAUCCAGGCCUUAUGAAUCUUCUGGUCCAAAACGACGUCGGAGGACUUCAAAUCCUUCACAAAUCAGGAAAAUGGGUUCAAUGGAAAGCCAUGCCUAACACCAUUAUUGUUGACCUUGGCGAUCAAAUGCAGAUUCUUACCAAUGACCUGUACAAGAGUGUGACACACAGAGCAGUGGUGAACAACAAAAGCACAAGAAUAUCAAUAGUGUCAGCACAUGGACCAGCGGUGAACGCCAAGGUUGUACCAAUACCAGAGCUUUUAGAAGCAUUGGGCCAAGCCCCGGCUUAUCCAGGGAUUCCAUACAAUGAAUACUUGCAGCUUCAACGAACCUCCCACUCUUUCCUCAAAUCCACUCUCGACAUAAUAAGAUUGGAAUCAUAAUCAUAAUGAUAUUUCAACCCACUUCAUCGAUGAUCACUACUUCCACCUUUAUUAGCUUGGUUCUAUAUUUAUAUAUACAUAUAUUUUUAUGCUUUUCCUGUUGUGAAAAAUAAUCAUGAAUGCAUGGUUGUCUGUUUGAAUUAUAUAGUAGUUUAUUUGAUGUAAUAAGAGUGGGCAUGAUUCAUGACCAACCUAGAGUGAGUUGUAUUAUGUAAUAUAUAUAUAUAUAUAUAUACAAGUAUAUAUAUAUAUAUAAGUGUUUUGUGUAUUAUAAUAAAGGUAAAUUUGCCGCUAAAAUGUUAAGACAUCUGUUAGUUUAGUGAGCAUUGUUUCAGUUGGUUGUUCUGCUUUGUAAACUCUCUCAUUUUUAGCUUUUCUGUUUUGGUUGUU